GUAGGAAAGGGAGUCCCGGAGCCGUUGGGAAACCGUGAUGACGUGGCUGCCUUGGUGGAUAAGUAAAAUGCGCAUUCCCAUUACGCAUUUUCAAACGCGCCUUUAAGUAAAGAGAAGACAAAGAAAAAACGUAAACCGAAACCCAAAAGGACAUAGACACCGCUCUCUCUCUCUCUCUCUCUCUCUCUCUCUCUCUCAAAACACACCACCGAUUAAACGAAAAGAGGAGAGAGUCGACGCGACCUUUCCUUCUCUCUCUAGAAUUCUCCUUCCCUAUAUAUAUAAUCACUCUGUACACACAAACAUCGUUACUAGAAUCUAGAGUAGAUACGCCUUGCGUGAUUGCUCCGUACCGCGGAUUUCGCAUCGAGUUUUAGUUUGGUUUGAAAUCUGAGGUUCGAUUGUCGCGAUGGAGGUGGGAGUGGACUCGCCGGGGGCCGGCAGGGUGUCCGGAGUCGCGAUGGAGUUCCCCGCGACGGACGACGCCUCCUUCUCGCCGCCGCCCAUGCCGCGGCGGCUUCGGCGGAGGCUCUUGUCGGAGGGGAAGGCGGCGCCGUCGACUGUCGAGGAAAUCGAGGCCAAGCUCAGAGACGCCGAUCAUCGUAGACAGAAAUUCUAUGAGAGCUUGUCAAGUAAGGCUCGUCCAAAACCAAGAAGCCCUUCACAAUCUUCAUCCCAUGAGGAAGACCUUGGUCAGCGUCUCGAGGCAAAGCUCCAAGCUGCUGAGCAGAAAAGGUUAAGCAUUCUAGAAAAGGCUCAGAGGCGCCUAGCUAAAUUGGAUGAGUUACGUCAAGCCGCCAAAACUGGAGUAGAAAUGCGUUUUAGGAAGGAAUGUGCAGAGCUAGGUACAAGAGUGGAGUCAAGGGUUCAGCAGGCAGAAGCAAAUAGAAUGCUUAUUCUUAAGGCAUACAGGCAACGGAGGGCCACUCUAAAAGAAAGGACAUCUGAAUCACUGUUACGAGUGAUGGCUAGAGAGAAUAAAUACAAGGAGCGUGUGCAUGCUGCUAUUCUCCAAAAGCGUGCAGCUGCUGAGAAGAAGCGAUUGGGAUUGCUGGAGGAAGAGAAGAAGAGAGCACGUGCUAGGAUGCUGCAAGUGCGCAAAGUUGCUAAGUCGGUAUCCUACCAGAGAGAAAUUGAGAGGAGAAAAAUGAAAGAUAAGUUAGAAGACAGACUGCAAAGGGCAAAGAGACAAAGAGCGGAAUAUCUGAGUCACAGAGGAAGGCUGCAGAACACUGCUAAUUGGAAUAAGAUGCAAAAGCAGGCUGAAAUUCUCUCAGCAAAGUUAGCAAGGUGCUGGAGACGGUUUGUUAAGCUGAACAAGACUACCUUAAACUUGGCGAAAGCUUAUGAUGCUUUGAAUAUAUCUGAGAGAGCAGUGAAAUCAAUGCCUUUUGAGCAGCUUGCACUUUUGAUUGAAUCACCUGCUACCCUUGAGACUGUUAAAGCUUUACUCGACCGUCUCGAGAUUCGCUACAAACUGUCAAAGCCAGUUUCUGCUUCGAAUAAUCCUUUCACUUGGAAUGACAUUGACCAUCUUCUUAAGCGAGUUGCUUCCCCAAGCAGGAGGCGUACCCCCAGGAAAUCUACACCAAGCAAAGGUGUCAAGAGAUCAGGGUCCAUGAGAGAACUUGCCAGGUCUCCUGUCAAAUUGUCGAGGUACCAAGUGAGAAUCGUACUAUGUGCUUACAUGAUACUUGGUCAACCGGAUGCAGUUUUCAGUGGUCAAGGAGAACGGGAAUUCACUCUGGCCAAGGCUGCCGAAAAGUUUGUUCGUGAGUUUGAGUUGCUAAUAAGGGUUAUACUAGGUGGGCCCAUAGAAGUUACUGAAGAGUCUGAUGCAUACCCAAGACGCUUGAGCUUGAGGUCUCAGCUUGCAUCUUUUGAUGCGGCAUGGUGCUCCUACUUGAAUAGCUUUGUUGUGUGGAAGGUUAAGGAUGCAGAGUCCUUGGAGGAGGAUUUGGUGAGAGCUGCUUGUCAGAUGGAACUGUCUAUGAUGCAGACUUGCAAGAUGACUCAAGAUGGAGAUAAUGGUGCUCUUACUCAUGACAUGAAAGCUGUCCAGAAACAGGUUACUGAUGAUCAGAAACUUCUGAGGGAGAAAGUACAUCAUCUCAGUGGCACUGCUGGAAUUGAACGCAUGGAAUUUGCUCUUUCUGACACAAGAAUGAAAUAUUUUCAAGCAGUGGAGAAUGGAGAUUCUGUCGGGUCGCCAAUGCACAUUACAUCUCCAAUCCCUCCUAGUUUCGUAGCUAGCCCUUCUGUUUCUAAUGCCGAUAAAAGGGGUAAAGCAGUAGAGGAUAAUCAAAGGCCGAGCUCUGUGGUUCGCACCUUAUUUAAGGACGACUCUAGUUCACCUUCCAAAGAAGUUAGUCCAUCUGCUUCUAGCAGCAGAUUGGACAGUCAACUCCAUCAUUCUGCUGAGAAGUUCUCCAUGGAGAAUGAACUUAUUGUGAACGAAGUUCUACAUGAGCAACAUCAUACAAUUGCAGAUAAUUUGAAUGUCACUUCUGAAGACCAAAGCCAGAUGAAGGCGAAGAUAAAAGAGACAAUGGAGAAGGCUUUCUGGGAUGGAAUAACAAACUCUAUGGAACAGGAUGAACCUAAGUAUGACCGUGUUGUUGAGCUAAUGAGGGAGGUGAGGGAUGAAAUCUGUGAGAUGGUACCCCAGAGCUGGAAAGCAGAUAUUUUGGAAGCUAUCGAUCUGGACAUUCUCUCUCAGGUGCUGAAUUCAGGUCAGCUAGACAUGGAUUUUCUUGGAAAGAUUUUGGAGUUUGCGUUAGGCACUUUGCAGAAGCUUUCCGCUCCAGCUAGUGAAGAUGAGCUGAAGAUUGCUCACCAGAAAAAGCUGAAAGAGCUAGCUGAAAUUUGUCAUGGUGGAAAUGGGUCAAACCAUUUGCAUGUUGUUGCACUGAUCAAGGGUUUGCGCUUUGUCCUGGAGCAAAUACAGGCAUUGAAGCAAGAAAUCAGCAAAGCCCGAAUAAAACUUAUGGAACCACUUCUCAAGGGGCGUGCCGGUUUGGAGUACCUGAACAAUGCUUUUGCCAAUCAAUAUGGACCUCCCUCUGAUGCCUCAACUGCUCUGCCCUUGACAAAGAUGUGGCUUUCAUCUGUGUGGGAUAGCAAAGAUCAGGAAUGGCUUGAACAUACAAAUGCUCUCUCAGUAUUGACGAUGAGCAAUGAGAGUUUGUCUCAAAGGCUUCUUCCUUCGACCACACUCAGAACUGGUGUAGGCAAAAUGAGUGGAAGCCAAAUGAUUGCAGUCCCUUCUGCUAGCAAAAAUGCUACACAUGGAACAGGACCAGAUAAUAGACAUCCAGAAUGCAAGGGAGAGAAGGUUGAUUUGGUGGUGAGGCUCGGCUUGUUGAAAUUAGUGAGCGGGGUAUGUGGUCUAACACAAGAAGCUUUGCCUGAAACUUUGAAGCUAAAUUUCACCAGGCUUAGGGGUAUUCAGGCUCAACUUCAGAAGAUCAUUGUAAUUUCUACCAGUGUUCUAGUUCUGCGUCAGACUCUCCUCAGUGAGCAGAUGGUCCGCAAUGCAACAGACUUGGAAACCAUCCUGUCAAACUGCAUUAAGCAGCUUUCCGAGCUUCUGGACUCUUCCGAGGAUGUAGGUAUCAACGAAAUCAUCAAAACACUCUGCAAAUUUGCAGAAAGCGACAACUCCGCUGACGGCGAUGACAUAAAAAUUCAGUCGCGGAAGAACAUCAUGACGCGGUUUCUAACAAAAAGCUUGCAAGAUGGGGACCCAGUGUUUUCCAAGGUGUCCCGUGCUGUUUAUUCGGCCACCAGAGGAGUGGUACUCGGUGGAAGUGGUCCGGGGGGAAAGGCGUUGGCAGAAACGGCCCUCCGCCAGGUGGGGGCGGCCGCGUUACUUGAUGAUGUGGUGGAAUCUGCCACGGUGGUGUUGGUAGCAGCUGCUGUGUCCUGCAGGGUGCAUGGACCAUGGUAUGAGGAUUUGGUUGAGAAGAUGUGAUGGUGGGGGUAUUCAUCUUUUUUUAGGUUCCGCUUGUAAAUUUUUAGUGAUGCUGAUUUUCUUCAGUGUGUAUAUAUGGAUGACAAGGCCUUCUAUUUAUGCUGGUUUAUAUUGUGACAUGCAUAGGUUUAGAAAGAAGAUGUAAAUAGUGCUUUUAACUGAUUGAAUGGAAAUAAAGGCUUCUGUUUAGAUUUUUCCAAAAA